AUGGAUCAUUCCAAAGAUACAAGCUGUCUCGAGGUGCCAAAACCGUCGGCCUCCAGGACCGAAUGCUUGAUGGAUGGUGCCACUCUAGCCUGCGGUCUCCUCAAACAUGUCGGGUCUAUAUCCUCAGUCCCCGUUUUGAGCGAAGCUACCGGUAUUGCACUGCAAAUGCUCAAACUAGCUCAGGACGUCCGGGGUAACAGAGACGCUCUCAUAUCGCUCAGGGAGGAUGCCUAUAAUCUGAUCAACGCGACUGAGAUCGAAUGUCGCAAUAUCGAGAAGUCAGGAGGGGAAAUCCCGGACAGACUGAACCUCCAUAUCUGUCACCUUCUCCGGUGA